AUGCAGUCGUUAUCUUUUGCCAAGAAUUGCGCAGGCUGUCAGCAUUUUGUGGGAUUUCAAGGUGGAAAAUGGAAAUGUGUCCAUAUUGACGAACUUCUUGAGGCAAAUGAAAAGUUACCGCAAAUUGAACUACUUGUUAAUCGAUCUGUUAGUGAUCUUUUUAAUUUAAAUGUUUCCUCAAAUAAAAAUCUUGAUCUCGGAGACAUACGACUAUCACUAAAUGAUGACCUUGAAUCACCGACAGACAGUGAUGUGCAGAAUAUUGAGGAGAAUUUCUACGAAGAAAAGAUACGUCCCACAGUCUUGCUGAGGAACUGCAUGCAAACUGCUGCUGCGAGAGUCUUUGACGAAUCAAAUGACGUCUUGAGAGCCACAAAACGAAUUGAGAUAUUACUGGAUUGCUUACCUGCCGAAGAUGGAGAUGAAACAGAACUAUCUACCAUUCUUGUUGUUCGUAUGUAUAAACUGCUCCGCGAGCGUGAUGAAAGAUGCUUUGAUGAUCAAAGACUUUGGCUUCAAGAGGAAGCUGUCAGGGACAUCUACAGGAAACUGGCACAUUUAGGAAAGCUUUAUGAGAGAACCGAACCAUGA